CCGCGCCGCGCCCCGUCCUCGGCGGGAAGCGAUUCCCCUCAGGCAGCCCGCCGCCAUGGCGUUCCGGCGCCUCUUCACCGUCUCGGCGGCCGCGGCCUGCGGCUUGGCGGGCGGCUCGGUCCUCUUCUCCGCCGUGGCGCUCGGCAAGCAGCCGCCGCCUCCGCAGGGGGCGGAGAAGGCCGGCGGGGACGCCCCGGAGCCCCUCGCAGCCUCGCUACCGCCGCCGCCGGGGCUGCUGCUGCUGCCGUCACCGGCCGCCGCCUCGGCCGCCCCCGCUUGGCUGGAGAAGGCCAACGGCUGCGGCUUCUGGGACAACAACUGGGACCGGAGAGAACCCUUGGCUCUCAUGAACCUGAAGAAGAAAAACGAAGAGACCGCUGAACAGGAGGCGUCCUCUCGCUUAGCCCACUAUAAAACGAAAGCUACCCGGCAUAUCUUCCUCAUACGCCAUUCUCAGUACAAUCUGGAUGGGCAACAGGAUAAGGACAGAAUCUUAACGAAGCUGGGCCGCGAGCAAGCUGAGCUGACCGGAAUGAGACUUGCAAGUCUGGGGCUGAAAUUUGAUAAAAUUGUCCAUUCUUCAAUGGCCAGAGCAACGGAAACAACCAACAUUAUUAGCAAACAUCUUCCUGGGGUGACCAAGCUGAGCACAGACCUCCUGCGCGAAGGAGCCCCAAUUGAACCAAACCCUCCCGGUUCUCACUGGAAGCCUGAAGCUGUGCAGUAUUACGAAGAUGGCGCUCGCAUCGAGGCCGCGUUCCGAAACUACAUUCACAGAGCUGAUAUCAAGCAGGAGGACGACAGCUACGAAAUCUUCGUCUGCCACGCAAACGUGAUUCGCUAUAUUGUCUGCAGAGCGUUGCAAUUUCCUCCGGAAGGUUGGCUUCGGAUAUCCCUCAACAACGGCAGCAUCACACACCUGGUGAUCCGCCCCAACGGCAGGGUGGCCCUUCGCCUGCUGGGCGACACGGGGUUUAUGCCGCCGGAGAAGAUCACCCGCAACUGACUUUCAAACAGGGAGGAUCUCCAAGAGGACAGACGCGGCCAGCCCUUUCCCUGAAAAGCUGCAGGCUCCAGGCUCCCUCCCCUGGGCUUUGUCUGUCUCAGACUAUUUCUUACACAUUAAGAUUUUGCACUAGCAGCUCACGGCGUGCGAUGUUGAACCGUUGAGAAAGUUGAAGAGGACUCGUCUCCUUCGUGGCUUCAAAACGGCAACGCUGGCGGCCUCCCAAGGGUUUGUUUGUUUGUUUUUCUUUCCUAUUUUGGGGGGGGGGGGGAAAUAACUGCAACGUCCAGAGAUACACGUUGGGUACUGAAAUCGGUGUUAAAGCCAGAAGCCACCAGAUCCAGCAAUUCUGAAGACGAGGGAGACGAAAUCUUGAAAGUAAGAGCGCCUUCUCGUAUUACGCAGCUCCGAUUUGCAGACGGGCACUGAAAAUAUACUUUAAUAAUAAUAAAAAAAAAAUUGGAGGGGGCAUCUGUAGUUGUCUCCCAAAGCAGUGGCUGAAUAAAAGCAAACCAUGGUUUACGCUCUUCUCACUUCAAGCCCUGUCUAGUUACUUGUUUUUUUUUAUUUGAGACUUUUUUUUUUUUUUU